ACUGCAUCAAACCGGACAGCUCCUAUUGGCUGGAGCGGAUGCUGCGACGCGCUUCGCGUCAUCCGAUCAGCAGUGCGUCCAUCCUGCUAUUUCACCGGCACUCCACUGAAAUUAAACAAGUGCUGAAUCUGAGAGAGACAACAACAAACCGACGGAACGAGAAAAGGAAACACCGAGUCCGCAUCUGCAGCUCAGCAUGAGGGAAAUCGUUCACAUCCAGGCUGGACAGUGUGGAAAUCAGAUCGGGGCGAAGUUCUGGGAGGUGAUAAGCGAUGAACACGGCAUUGACCCUACCGGCAGCUACCAAGGUGACAGUGAUCUGCAGCUGGAGAGGAUAAACGUCUACUACAAUGAGGCGUCAGGCAGCAAAUAUGUCCCACGUGCCAUCCUGUUGGAUCUGGAGCCUGGGACCAUGGAUUCUGUACGCUCUGGGCCAUUUGGACAACUCUUCAGACCUGACAACUUUGUCUUUGGUCAAAGCGGGGCAGGAAAUAACUGGGCCAAGGGGCACUACACAGAGGGAGCCGAGCUAGUGGACUCAGUCCUGGAUGUCGUGAGAAAGGAGUCUGAGAACUGUGACUGCCUUCAGGGUUUCCAGCUCACCCACUCCUUGGGUGGAGGCACAGGUUCAGGGAUGGGCACGUUGCUCAUCAGCAAGAUUCGUGAGGAGUAUCCCGAUCGCAUUAUGAACACCUUUAGCGUCAUGCCCUCACCCAAAGUCUCAGACACUGUGGUGGAGCCGUACAAUGCCACCCUCUCCGUCCACCAGCUGGUAGAAAACACAGAUGAGACCUUCAGUAUUGACAAUGAGGCCCUGUAUGAUAUCUGCUUCCGCACGCUGAAGCUAACCACACCAACCUACGGAGACCUCAACCACCUGGUGUCGGCCACCAUGAGUGGGGUGACCACCUGCCUCCGCUUCCCUGGCCAGCUCAACGCUGAUCUCCGUAAGCUGGCUGUCAACAUGGUUCCCUUCCCUCGCUUGCAUUUCUUCAUGCCGGGCUUUGCUCCUCUUACAAGCAGGGGCAGCCAGCAGUAUCGUGCCCUCUCUGUUCCAGAGCUCACACAGCAAAUGUUUGACGCCAAGAACAUGAUGGCAGCAUGCGACCCCCGCCACGGACGCUACCUCACGGUGGCGGCCAUCUUUCGUGGCCGCAUGUCAAUGAAGGAAGUGGACGAGCAGAUGCUGAGCGUUCAGAACAAGAACAGUAGCUACUUUGUGGAAUGGAUUCCCAACAACGUCAAGACCGCCGUCUGUGACAUCCCACCGCGAGGCUUAAAGAUGUCUGCCACCUUCAUCGGGAACAGCACGGCAAUCCAAGAACUGUUCAGGAGAAUAUCUGAGCAGUUCACCGCCAUGUUUCGCCGCAAGGCCUUUCUCCACUGGUACACUGGAGAGGGGAUGGAUGAGAUGGAGUUCACCGAGGCUGAAAGCAACAUGAAUGACCUGGUCUCUGAGUACCAACAGUACCAGGAUGCAACAGCGGAUGAAAUAGGAGAAUACGAAGAGGAUGAAAUGGAAGAUGAAGAGGACGUUCGACAUGAUGUCCGCCACUGAUUAUAAAACAUAGACGUAACAUUAAACUAAUUUUAGAGUAUCUAAUUUCUAGGAAAGGCCAGUGAGACGAUGUGAAGUAAGCUAGCAAUCCAGAAAUUCAAUGAAACAUGCACAUCCUGGUGACAUUUUGUUGUUUAGCUUAAAUAAUGCUGCUCUUAACCAUUGCUUUAACUGACAAAGCUAAUAAAGGGUGUUAAAACCUGAAAUAUGCAAGAGCUAUUUCAUUUUGUUUCUCAGUCGUGCUUUGCUCGUAUCAGAAAAAGUACAGAAAGGCUUGUUCUUAUAAAAGGUUUUGUAGAAUUUGCUUCACCGUGCCUCCAUGAUUUGUAAAUUCAAUUAAAAUUACAAAAAUUA